UGACAAUUGAGCAUUGCCACGCUGUGGUGGUAGUGAUGGGGCUAAGUCGUCGGUCAUACAAUUGUUAUAGAUAUCGUUGUCAUCACGUCGUCGUUCUCAAUUCGUUCGUUACGAAUUCCUUAGCGCGGUCAAAACUAAAAAUCUUUAUAGUCGUUAACAUUUCAUGCUAUUUAGAGUAUUAAAAAAUAACGCAAGCAUUAUUUAAAUGAAAUUGCAACAAAAAAUGUAUUUCAAAUUAACUUUGUCUGUGGAGGCCAGCUUACAUAUACAUAUGUAAUGAAAUAAUUUUCUAAAAUAUGUAUGAAAAAGACAAUUGUUCUAGUGGCGAAGGGGGACAUUGUGAGUGAUAAGAAGAGAGGAAGCAUCUACGACCGUGGCGAAGAUAAGACGACCAAGCGAUUCGGAGCGAGAUGAAGAAGCAUCCUUCAUUGUAUUCUGUUUUUUAUACAUAUUCUUCCAGUCCUCAAAACUAAUUCCGAACAAACAAUGAGAGGUUAAACACUUAUUAUCACAGCAAACUGAAAUGCUUUCUGGCAGUGCUGGCAGUGCUAUCGGCAGAGGCGGAGAUAAUCAAAAUAUUCGAAGAUCGCAAGAUAGAAAAAUGAUUAUAUUCAAGUACAUUAUAUUAUGUACAUAUCUUUCAACACAUUUCAUACUUGCGUAAAGGUGAGAUGUAAACGUAAACAAAUUAAUCUUUCAUAAAGUGCCAUAUUCAAAUUAAGAAAAAAAGUAUAAAAGUAAAUAACUACAUAGAAAUAAAAGAAAAUUACGGAAUCUAGUCAAAAAAUUACAUGCACAUAUACAUAUGUACAUACAUUCAUAUGUAAUGCUCUCACCCGUUAAAAAAGAUUAUGGGCGACUCAAAAUACGAUCGUGAUUGACUACUUGUCUCUUAUGUACUUACGUAAUCAAGAAAGUCAUAAACAUCCAGUAUGCGUUUACUUGAAAGCGUUUGAAAAAGUAUCGGGCUGGUCCUAGGUGUCGGGUCUUUGGGCUGUGCAAGUGGCUUAGACUGGGUCUUAAUUUGUAAUUUCCAGGAACUAAAAACAACCCUUCAGGUAAUCUACAAUGCUAUCGCAAUGAAAGUACACCCUCAUCUGCUAAGAACUACAAACUUUUUUAAACAACAAUUAAUAAUGAUAAUGAUAUAGAGCCAUUUUGUUUUACUGUGAGUUCCAACAUCAAUUGUAACUGCCCUCUCAAAAUGGAUGAAGUUGAGAUUGCAGAACAAGGGGAUAAACAUAAUAUUAUUGGACUAGACCAGAAUUUUGGCAAGGAACUUGCCAUACCAACCUGUAAAAUAGAUAGUGAGCCAGAUGACAUAAAAAUUGAAGCCAAUAACGUUAGUCCAAUUUCUCUCACAUAUGAGCCGGAUUUUGAUGACGAUAAUCAUAUAACCUGUUGUAAUCGAUUGUUGACAACAACAUCAGUAAAUAUAAAAAAAAAAAACAAAUCACUUAAUGGCAAUUUAAAGAUAAUAAACUUUUAUCCAAUGGAGCAAUCUAAUAUAUUCUUAAAUACUGAUCCAUUAUUAACGCCCGCUACAAUACAACAAAAUGGAAUAAGUCAACUGUCACCAAACAACGAUAAUAUCAAGCAUUGCACUACAUUAAUGUUGGACUCAGAUUUAGAUUCUAAGCAGCAAGACGUUCAAUUACCGAAAUGUAACUCAAUUUACAAAGGGAAUCAGCCGACUGAUGAGUUGGUACAUGAUGUGGAGAGACAAAUUAUGCCGUGCAAAAAUGCAACUGCUUUACCGAGUUUGGAUAACUUUGUCGAUGAAGAAAUCAUUUUAGAAAACUCUAAAGAAGCAUCAACCCAUAUAUCAGAAGCUUUUAGAAAUUCACAGAAUAGUCCAUUGCUGAAGCUGACACGAGAGCAAUUUUCAUUAACAACUGGAGUACAUGUUCAUAAAUCAUAUGAGAAGGAGAGUACCGUUACUGAAAUAAUUCGAAACCUUCAACUAAUUCGAAGUCACUUGAUAAGCCAGACUCAAAUCGACACCAUGACCGAUAUUGAGGCAUUAGGCAUUCAGCAGCAGCAACAACAACAGUUGCAGAACGUACAGCGUCUGCACCAAGAAAAUUGUAUACAAGAGCUGCACGAUCAACUGAGCGCACAGUUUGGAACCGGACGAUUUGGUGGGAUUAGUGGGGUCCUUUGUCAACAGCAGUUGCAGAUGCAGUCCCCUCAGCAAUCUCCGCGUUUGCAAUUACAAUUGCAGCCACAUCUUCACAAUGAUGGUGUAUCCCAGACAAUGAGCAAUAAUUUAGUGCCGUUUCUUCCUUUCCUGCGUGCAUCUGCAAUACCUCCAACAUGUAUGGUUCCCGCUGGUCAAGGUCAUGUGAGUCAGCAACAACAGCACAUUUAUAGUCAUAAUAAUCAUAAUUAUAUUCAUGCUCGUAACAUCUCAAUGCAGUCUAUGUGGCCCACAGCAGCAGUUGCAGCGGCUCACAUUCAAGCUGCUUUAGCCGUAGCAGCAGUGGCAGUUACAAACAAGAAUAGUAGUAACAACAAUAAUGACAUUAAUACUGAUGACGAUAACAACAUUAAAAGAAACAAUAAAGCCAUAUCCUGUAAUGAUACGACUGAUAGUUCUAUUGAAGAACCUGAAAUUAUAACCGCAAGUCAUGAAAUUGAGGUAAGAUCUUCAAGAGCAGAAUCACCAACUAUAUUGUCGUACAAUGACCACACUCCACCGGACUCGCCGCAAGCAAGUGGACGCCUUUUGGUUAGAUGCCAAAAUAUCCGUUCGGAAGACAGCUCAAUCGCAAUACAUUUUCCAACAUCAUCGGCUGAAGAUGUUAGCAAGUCGAAACGUCUUCAAGGACAUGCAUCUGAAAUGGAUGCACCUCUGAAUUUAUCGAAACCUAAAGGUUCUCGUGGUUCUUCUCCGAUUACCUCUUCUUGCCCAAAGGAUGUACGAGAUCGCUUGACACCAAUUGUUCCCAGCCCACCGUUAAACUGGCAACAAAUGGCAACCACCGCGUCUUCAAUCCCAGUUAACGCUCACGUUCCAAUCACGUCCCUACAGCACCAGCCGUCCCCAUUAUUUGCUGAUGUCGAAGCAAGUUUCUUGCAGUCUCGAGGACGGUUGUGGAAUCCGAAUAAUGCUGGCAUUGGCGAUCUAUGUAAUCCAAAAUUGUCUAGUAGCAGCAGCACUCGAGUUGGAAGCUCGCGAGCGGGCAGAGCCAGUCGCGAUUCAAUCAACAGCUGCGGGACAAGUUCAGAGCGAUCAACUAUAUUAGAUCCAGAUUGUCUGGGUCACAGCCAUCAGACGUCAGCAGCUUCGCAGCCUCAGUCUCAACGCCAGCACGUUCACCAUAAGCCACAUAUCAAGCGUCCAAUGAACGCAUUCAUGGUUUGGGCAAAAGACGAGCGCAGAAAGAUACUAAAAGCCUGUCCCGACAUGCACAACUCAAAUAUAUCAAAGAUUUUGGGUGCUCGAUGGAAAGCAAUGUCAAACGCUGAUAAGCAACCCUACUAUGAGGAGCAAUCGCGUCUAUCGAAAUUGCAUAUGGAACAGCAUCCCGACUAUCGUUACAGACCGCGUCCAAAACGCACCUGCAUUGUCGAUGGUAAAAAGAUGCGCAUAUCCGAGUACAAAGUUUUAAUGCGAAAUCGCCGUGCUGAGAUGCGUCAACUCUGGUGCCGUGGUGGCGGUCCGAGCUCGUCAUCGAAUGAGUUGUCUGCAUCGGAAGGUGUAGUACAAGCAGCAGCGGCUGCUGCAGCAGCGGCUGCUGCCUAUCAUUUGAAGGAAAUGGACCAGACCGAUGGUGCUACACCAACGACGAGUCUUCCAAUGAACGGGCCAAAUGCUAACUAUCAUUACCCAGCCGAAAGUUUGUCGCCGUCUGGCUUUUCAUCCGAGGAUAUGGAAAUUUCAUCGAUGCGUGACAUUGACGACUAAGAAAUUAGUUCAGAAAUUUAAAAUAUAGCAAAGAGUUCCAUUAUCGGAUAUAACAUAUUUUGUAUAACAUAUUCAAGGCUAAUGUAUAUAAAAGGUUAAGAGCUAUCGAUAGUUGUCACAAUCAACAAGUUUGCCGUAAACAAAUAUUAAAAAUUAUGACUUCCACUACAUGUGAAUUAUCUAUUUGUUAUUUGCUAUAUUUCAUUAGACACAGCUCAGUAUACCUUUCUGGAAAUCCACAAAUAAAAAAUUAUAAUUUAAAAUUCAAGGUUAAGUUACUUUGCAAACAAAAUUUAAAAACGCCACUAACUCUAGAACACGGCAAUUACUGAUUACCAUUCAAAAACGCCAUCGAUAGUUCCUACCGAUAGUAUACAUAUUUAUAGCACUUGCUUUUGCAUAGUGUAAAUAUUUAAAUUAAAAUAAAAUAUAGUAUGGGUUAGCUUCAAUGUAUAGUUACUUAAGUUUCAGUUCAAGUGCCAUUACAUUCACAUGUUUAAUUUUUUAAUAGUGAUUGAGUAGUAUGAUUAGACGAAGUGUUAACCCAACUUUUGUGCCAUUCACGCACCAAUGCCAUAGCAAAUUAUGCAAUUAACUAGUAGUUAGUAAUCUUGGAUGCAUAUAGGGAACACAGAGAAACCAACAGCUUGCCAGCUAGAUACCCGCUACCCAUUUUUGAGUGACCAACAAUGCGAACGUUGAUUGGUAAUACAAUGUACUAUAUUAUUGAUUAAAUACAUAUACAUAUACAAUGUUACAUAUGUAUGUGUAUGUACUAUAAGUUAUACAUCAUACCUUGUCACCCAAUGCCAGUGCAAUAAAAUCAUCCGAACGUAAUUGAAUUUUCAGGGAUAAGUUAGACUAUAGCUAUUUUUGUAUGUACCAAAAAUUUAAUCUUGAAUUUAAAAUUGAUUCUCUUUCGUUUUUUUUCUAUCUACGAGACUAAUGUUAUUCCUUUUCUAUUUACGUUUUCUGUAGACACUAUCUUUUAUCAUAUGAGUAGCGGGUAUAAAAAUGUAUAUGUACGUCGAAAUUGCCGACAGUAUCUAUAACCACAAAUACACAAAUACAUACUUAUUAAUGACUUAUUUAAAAUAAAUCCAAAAAUUAAAAAAUCACUUCAAUAUAUGGUAAUACAUAGUAAAUACAUAUCUGUAAAUAUAUGCAUAUUGAAAUA